AUGGGAGAAAUUACCUUUCCAGUUUCUCAAACUUUUUGUGAUCGCCUAUGCGACUUUUUCAAAUGGAUCGUUUGCUCAGAUAAUUCUGUCAGUAAAACAGCCAUUGAUUGUGUGGGGAAUACUCCGAAUGAUUUUAACAAAAGUCCGUGUACUGGGGACCUACUUAUUGAUGAUGGGUAUCUGAUAUUGGCCUGUAUCGCGAACAAUCCGGUACUGAACAGUAAACUCUGCUGUUACGAACCACUUUUUUCGUCCAGCGUCAAAAUACGUGUGUUUUCUGAAACAGUUUCGUCUUGGAGUUUGGCCCUGAAGCGACGACGCUUAGAGCGGAGUUGCCGAGAAGAACCGUUUGUGCGAUACGAUAUGGCUUUUGUAAAUAAUGAACUUAAAAAUAUGUGGCAGAAACGAUCGGAUGAAGUCAAGCUUUUUGAGGAAGGGCAGUUUGUUGUUGAUGAUAAAGAUGUUGAUGGAUGCUGUUUAACUCGGUCGCCGUCCCCGUGCCGGUCGAAUAGCACCCUGUCAUCAGCUUAUUCAUCUGAAGAGCUUUCGACCGUUUCGUCUAUGACGCUGCGUUAUGUUCCAACUUCCAAUUCUUUUGACCGGGAGAACUUUUCUGUAUCUGAAAUGGAUGUAUUAAGUGAAGAAAUCUGGGACUACCACAUGUCUGUUACUCAGACGGAGGAAAUUUUAAAUCUGAAAAUGCAGCUUCGAGAUGUGCUUUAUUGUGCUUUAUCUCAGUUGUUUCCUAUGUGUGGUUUAUACAUCGUUGGGUCUUCUUUGAAUGGGUUUGGGACAAAUUCUUCAGACAUGGAUUUAUGUCUUAUGAUCUCUUGCAAGGAAAUAAACCAGCGAACUGAUGCAGUUGUCGUUUUGGAUUUGGUGCGUAAUCUGUUCCAAAAUAUAAACUUUAUUCGUGAACAGAAGCUCAUUAUUGCAAAAGUUCCUAUUUUACGGUUGCAUUUCUACGAACCUUAUGGGAAUAUCGUUGUGGAUUUGAACGCUAACAAUUCUGUAGCAAUACGUAAUACCCAGCUGUUGUGCUAUUAUUCUUAUUAUGACUGGCGUGUACGUCCAUUAGUUAGCGUUGUUAAAGAAUGGGCAAAGCGGAGAGAUAUAAAUGAUGCUAAUCGGUCUUCGUUUACCUCCUAUUCGCUUGUUCUAAUGGUUAUUCACUACUUGCAGUGUGAGGCAAAAGUGCUUCCUUCUCUUCAAGAAAAGUAUCCGAAGGUGUUCAAUCAAAGAAUAGAUGUACGCACUCUUUCAGUUUCUUUGCCACUGGAACCACAAGGAUUUUGUCAGAAAACACCAACCUUAGGGGAACUUCUUCUAGGAUUUUUCGAAUACUUUGCUAUUAAAUUUGAUUACGAGAAGGACGCUAUUUCUAUUCGUUUAGGAAGGAAAACGGAAAGGCGACUUGUGGCCAAUCAGCUGCAUAACUAUAACGGAAGGUUAUCACAGUGGAACUGUAUUUGCAUCGAAGAACCGUUCAAUUAUUCUAACACGGCCCAUUCAGUGCAUGACCAGAAUCUUUUUGACCAGAUUAAAUACGCUUUCUUAGAGGAUUAUGAGAAUUUAGAACGGACACGGGAUCUUCAUGCGUUUCUUGAUGUCAAUCCUCUAAACAGUUCUUUUUGUUUGUUGGAAAGGUAUACCAUACAACUUUCAAGUUGUUGUAUUUAUAGCAUGGGAAGCAGCAGUUCUUCAGAAAUGUUGUCUGGUUCUACAGUUGGUUUACCCACGGGAGGUACGUCAAGCACCAGUGAAAGUUGUCAGGUAUUUUUUUCAGUUUAUAACUAA